AUGGAAAAAAAUCGUUGUAGUCCGGGCAGUCACGCGCUUCUAGGCAAAACCAGAAGGCCGCGAACCGCAUUCACUUCCCAACAACUGCUGGAACUUGAGAAGCAAUUCCGACAAAACAAGUACCUAUCGAGGCCGAAGAGAUUCGAAGUGGCCACGAAUCUGAUGCUGACUGAGACGCAGGUGAAAAUCUGGUUCCAAAACAGGCGAAUGAAGUGGAAGCGCAGCAAAAAGGCUCAACACGACGCCAAAUCCUCCAAGGAAAGUGAGGCGAACAAGCCGAUCAACCCAACGAACCAAAAGCCCAGCUCUUCAACGGCAAAUGCCGACGUUUUGGACGCAUCGGCCGUCGUCAGGCCGCACAGUAACGAAUCGAAGGCUCUACAGGACGACGAGCUGCUCUAUCGGCCCUAUGUUGGAUAA